GAAGAUAAGGCAGCCAAGGUUAAAAAACACAGCAGGUGUCAGAGACUUCAUCUAGCAAUAUUAACUGAAUCAGUCUUCCUUCCUCAAGGUGUAGGUGCAGAGUAAACAACAUGUCCUCUGCUUCUUCUUUCAUGGGGUUUUCUCAUAAGUGUGUUUAUUGGCAAAAGGUCGUGACAGACUGUAACUUAGUGUAGCUUUGAUGUCGCAUUUUUAAAAGAUCUGUCUGUGAUUUUACAACAGGUUUUGGUUUUGUCUCUAUCUGCUGAUUCUGAAUCAGUUUCUCUCUCUCUUCCUCCUUAUACUUUUCUUUAAAUCCUGUUCUGUGUGAAUGAUAUUCCCUGAAGUCCCUGCCUCAUGUGUUUGAAGCAGGGACUUGAUCCAAAACUCUUCUGACAGUGCUGUUAACGUUGGGUUGAUCCUGGGAGUCAUGUUAGCAGGACUGAGCAUGUCUGUUUCAGUUAAAUAAUGUUUAUGCACAGUGGAGCUACUUUUACAGUUAUUUUAAGAGGUGGGGGGAAAGUUCAGCUCCACAUAUAUUUCAAGGAAAUUUGGUGCUGUCUCCAAAAACAACGUUACUUAAUUAUAAAGCUGUGUGUAUUUUGGUGCUGAUACUGAAAAAUGUGUAGCAGCGUACAUGUACACCGUGGUAUUACUUUACUUUAACCUGAGUACUCCUGUUUAGACCUUAGACCCGGGCUCCGCCUCCCUGGGAUGUCCCGGCACAUAAAUCAACUUGAGUUCACUCACUGUAGCUUUAUUAACUCAUUAGCUGCACAUUAUCAAACGAUAUCUAAAUACCCAAAUCUAUGAUGUCUAACGUUAACUCGUGAUUUCAGUCGUUUAAUUUUAAUCUAAACAGUUACAGAAACUUUUAAGAAACAUAUUUUCUGCUUAACGACACCGUUUUAUGGUUUAACCGUUAGCUAACCGCCUCAUCGAGAGGUCCAAACGUUGAUAUCAAACGCAACGGUUUAGCCUACGGCGGCCCGUGCGGACAAAAGGGGCGAGCAAACAGUUAGAAAAGAGGUAACAGCGUUUGUAACUGGCCUUUCUCUACGUAAACUCGUUGUAAACUCUAUUUACAGGUGAUUUACAGGUGAUUUUCUGACGGACAGCAGGUUAAACUGACAGGCUCCGUUAGGUUAAACCCCGCCCUGCUGCCUGUGUUUGUCUGCUGUCAGCGGUGAUCCGUCUCGUCGUGGCUGUGUCCGGUAACGGUUAAACAGCCUCCGUGUUCGCUCGGUGUGAUGUUAGGACGUUAAAAACCAGCUGUGAGCAGAAGAUGUCGGGCGGCAGCGGCGGGUUCAGGUGGACGGUGGUGGUCCUGACCUGCCAACACAAAGACACCGUCUACUCGUUCCAGAGAGAGCUGGAGUUGCGGCAGCAGCGAGGCUCGCUCUGUGAGGGUGCGUUGGUUUUGACAGUGCGGGACCGCCAGGAGCCGCUGGGCAGCGGGGGGGCGACGCUGAACGCUCUGCUGGUCGCUGCCGAACACCUGAGCAACAGAGCCGGACACACUGUGGUGACAGCCGACGUCCUGGAUGAUGCUCACAUCCUCAUCCUCCACACAGGUCGUGAUUUUCCCUGGAGCUCCUGCAGCAGAGCGUUCUGCUGGCUGCCCCGAGAGAAACCCGACCAGAAAGUCCAGGCUCCGGUCUGCUGUCUGGACCUGCUACUGGACUGCCUCAGUACCCAGAUCUGUCCUGGUUCUCCUCCUGGUGUUUGGGUCUGCAGCACCGACAUGAUCCUCACCAUCCCUCCUGACUUUGCUCUUUCCUGGGAGGGUUUCUCUGGUGUUCGGGUUUUGGCGUUACCCGGUGACAUGUCCUAUGCAGCCAAUCACGGAGUCUACCUGUCCGACCAACAGGGUCAGGUCAGGGACAUCAUCUAUAAGGGAACAAAGGAGCAGAUUCAACAAGCAGUGAUGCCUGAUGGGAAGGUGCCACUGGUGUCAGGUCCAGUCUUCUUCAGCAGGUCUGUAUCAGAGAAGUUGUUGCAGACUCACGUCACUCCUCCUCUGGACGGCUGCACCUACCUGGGCCUGGACUCUGGAGCUCCGCCCCUCCAGAUCUCUCUCUUCCUGGACGUGCUGAAGUGUCUCUGCUCAGAUCUGACCCAGGAUCAGUUUGUGGGUGAGGAGAGAGCCGGCUGCAGUUCAGCUGUGGGACCACAGGGGGCGACGGCGAGGAGCGGCAGGACGGAGUUAUGGAGGAUCCUCAGGGGGACUCCGCUCAGCCUGGUGUACGUCCCCGGCGGUCGCUACGACUACCUGACUCUGUCUGGAAAGCAGCACGUCGGCCGACUCACCUGUGAUGGGACAGACAGAAACACGCUCUCUCACAUCCAGAGAGAGAGCGGGGUGAGUGACAGAGCUCGGGUGAUUAACAGCGUCUUAGAGGGAGAUGUUACCGUGGCGAGCGGAGCAGUGGUGCAGCACUGCCACCUACAGGGUCCUCUGGACGUCCCCUCAGGUUGUUUGCUGUCGGGUCUCGAGCUGUCGACGUCGCAGUGCAUCAGGCAGCUGAAACUGGCCGAUGACAUCAUCAUCCAGGGACAUCGCAUCGAGCUGGGAGAGUUAAAGCUGAAUGUGUUCACGGUGAUGGGAUCACAGGACGACCUGGAGGUCUCCUCUGAUGACAGUGGUGCCUCUUUCCUCAACCAGAGUUGGAGCCUUUUCUACAGCAGAACAGGAAUACGGCCGGAGGAGUUGUGGGUCAGGGGAGAGCGGCGCUCCCUCUUGGAGGCUCGUCUCUUCCCGGUGCUCCACCCCAGAGGAGGCGCAGCGAGCCUGGAGGGAGGCGUCGGCUGGCUGCUGGGGGGAGGCAGCUGCCUGCAGAGGUGGAGGGAGGCGUGGAGGCUGUCGCUGAAGGAGGUGCUGUCACUCACCCACCAGGAGGCGGAGCUGCAGUGGAGGGAGGAGUUACUGUUCCUGGCGGGCAGGAGGAGAGUGUUCGACGCCCUGAUGAGUCGUACAGACGUCUGCCUGCUGCCUUGCUUCAGGGCGGCGGUGCUGGGGGGCCAGCAGGGGGCGCUGCUGGAGACACUGGACAACAUUGCGGCAGGUAGCAGGGAGCAGGGGGCGGAGCCAGGUGCAGAGCUGGGCGUGGCCGCUCGCUGUCUCUCCUGCAUCGCUGACGUGUUGGUGUGCAUGGCGGGCGGAAAGGGGGGUCUGAGGAGUGGACCCGCCGCUAACGAGGCCUGGAGCUCCGCCUACUUCCUGUUAGAGGAGGGUAACCUGAGGGGCGGAGUCCACGCCCUGGCUACGCAGAGAGUUGAUUGGCUGAGCAGGCCGGAUCUGCUGGUGCGGGCGGCGCGGCAUUACGAGGGCGCCGGACAGGUGCUGCUGCGCCAGGCUGUGAUGUCAUCGCAGAGGUUCAUCUCCAUUGGUCGGGGUGAAGUCCCGCCCCUGGAGGAGUGGCAGGACGUGGAGUGUCCGGCCAGACUGGACCUGGCAGGCGGGUGGAGCGACACUCCUCCCAUCGCCUUCGAGCACGGCGGCUCCGUGACCAACGCUGCAGUGAGGGUUGAUGGGAAGCGUCCUAUCGGCGCCAGAGCCCGCCGCAUCGCAGAGCCCCGCCUCCUGCUCGUCAGCUACACCGGGGGGCGGGAAAGUGGGGUUUCCACGGAGACGGUGUGUGACAGCCUGGACGACCUGAGGGAUUACUGUCAGCCUCACGCACCUGGUGCCCUGCUGAAGGCGGUGUGUGUGUGCAGCGGUCUGGUGUCCCUCUCCUCCCAGGAUCCUCUGGGGCAUCAGCUGAUGCAGAGGUGGGGUGGAGGGGUGGAGCUCCACAGCUGGUCAGCGCUGCCCACCGGGUCUGGACUGGGUACCAGCAGUAUCCUGGCGGGGGCGCUGUUGGCCGCAGUUUACAGAUGCACCGGUCGAACCUACGACACAGACUCUCUGAUCCACGCCAUCCUGUACCUGGAACAGAUCCUCACCACAGGUGGAGGCUGGCAGGAUCAGGUGGGAGGUCUGGUGGGCGGAGUAAAGGUGGGUCGUUCCCGAGCGUCUCUGCCCCUGCAGGUGGAGGUGGAGCGGCUCAGUCCUCCACAGGACUUCUUGGUUUCUCUGGAGCAGCAUCUCCUGCUGGUCUACACCGGCAAAACCCGGCUGGCCCGGAACCUGCUGCAGGACGUGGUUCGUAGCUGGUACAGCCGUCUGCCCGCGAUGGUCCAGAACGCCCGGCAGCUGGUGGCCAACUCAGAGGAGUGUGCCAGAGCCUGUUCAGAGGGCUCUCUGUCCAGACUGGGUCGGUGUCUGGACCGCUCGUGGCAGCAGAAGAAGCUGAUGGCUCCUGGAUGUGAACCGGCCUCCGUCAGGACCAUGAUGGAGGCUCUGAGGCCUCUGGUCCUGGGUCAGAGUCUGGCCGGGGCCGGAGGCGGUGGCUUCCUCUACCUGCUGACCCGGGAGCCUCGGCAGCGGCAGGCGGUGCUGCAGGUCCUCAACAACACAGCGGGACUGGGAGACUUCAGUGUUCACUCAGUGGAGCUGGACAUGGACGGGAUCACAGUCCUACCACCUUCCUGAGGACACACACACACACACACAA